UCUAAGUAAGCCGCUUGAACUAAUGCUUACUGCUCACUGAAAUCUUGCAAACAGAUAUAGAGAUAGGCACAGUGAGAACGCGGUGACUACUUCGGGGUGAGCGCGUUCUGACCUGUUCUAGAGGCUUCGGCAUUCCCGGCAUAGGAAAUAUGGUGGCCGUAAAACACGUUUAUCUCCGAAUGGUUUCAAUUCUAUCUUGCUUGACGUAAAUGUUACCACCCGGUACUCAAGAACUGCUAUCGGUGAGGUUACAGCACUAGACCGUCGUCUGUGAACCAUCUCAGGGCCACAAGCGCUAAAAGGACCGACAUGAGACCGCACGCUUUUCGCGGUCUCUCUUUAAUAGUCCCUUUUUCUCCUCUGCGCACAAUGAAGUAGACUUGAGAAUAGGCGGUGACCAGCGGAAUUUUGUUCUCAACUAUUUCGAUAUGAGGAUGUCAUCUGCAUUCUUGAGUCUUUCAUCCAUCUCUUUCACUGCGGGCGCGACUGUGCUCCUCUAUGAUCUGAUCCUCCUCCUCCCUACUGAGAUUGAUUAUAUUUGGCUUCCACGACCUGUACACCCACUCCUAUUGCUGUUCGCAUUGAACCGCUACUUACCCUUGGUGGACAUGACGUUGAACAUUAACUGGCUCCUGCACAGGAGCAGCUCGAUGCACUGCGGCCUGUAUUCCUUCAUUACAGGCCCACUCGUAGCCUUCGGGAUUUUCACAUCGCAGGUGAUCCUCAUGAUCCGCACGUAUGCAAUAUGGGAUAGACACCGAGCGGUAUUCUGGUGUUUUAUUGGGACUGGGGUCUUCUGUUUUACACCGGGGGUAGUCGGCCUUGCUAUAGAACUCAAGGACCUUCAAUCCGCACAGUCGUCCAACAAUCCUGGCUGUUUUCAUGUCUCUCCAAGCUUGUCAAAGUUGCUCUACAUCCCAGUGCUCGUUUCAGAGACGAUCAUUGCGUCGCUUACACUCUUCAAGGGCGUACAGCACCUCCGCCGUUCGUCUCAUCCUUUUGUCACAGAGCUUUAUGCCUCUGGAAUGCUCUUUUAUGUGUGCCUCUUCCUCAUUUCUCUCGCCAAUAUCCUUAUUCCCAUGUGGACCUAUGCCCUCACGCCCUUCCUCGGUUAUUUUCAGCGCAUCCUCCAUUCCAUCCUGAGCAGCCGCGUCAUGCUACUCAUUCUCGAGCAGAGAGGGAUACGUCGACCUGCAGAAGAGCUGUAUACGGAUGACUUCGAAGUGUCUGAAUGCUUCGCCCAAACACGUUCAGACUCGGAAAUUCAAGCGGAAUCGAAUAUCCGUUCAUCAUGUUAGCCCUGACGAGAACCAGCCGCACUUGCGACUCGAAAAACGCUAACGUUGCGCAUACCCCAGGAGCCGGAGAAUGGGCUUUAUUACUAGUGGAUACAAUGCGCACGGAAUGACCUCGUGCGUUAGCACGACGCAUAUUUGGGAAUAUAUACCCAUUGUACCUUGGAAGCACAAGAUUCACGAGCGACGGGCAUUUUAACGUGCCUAAUAUAGCUAUAGACUUCGAGAAAACGGAGGAUUCACUAUGAGGAACGUCUGAA